AUGGGUGCGGGAAAGCUUUCAUCUUCGGUAAGCUUAUCUGCAUCGCAAUUCGGUCCCUCUUCCGGUCAGAAUUCUACAGGCUUCACUUUUAAGCCACAUGUUCUACUUUCCGGUAUAAAUGAGGAGUCGGGUAGGGGAAAAAGAGCCAUCUUAGAUUAUUCACAGCUGAAUGACAGGAUUGAAAUAUUUAAAGAAUUGAUGAAUGCACACCUUGAUCAAGUCACAAACGAAAUGGAGGAUAAACGUGAUCAACAUCAAAGUACAAUGCAAGAUCAGCAAAGCCAUGUGAACGCAAUCAAAGAAGGGAUCGAAAAGCAAAAAGAUGAUCAAAAGACACUCUAUCAAACUGUAGCAGCUGAAAGACAGGCGGAAAGUUCGGCUCAAUCUCAAUUAGCCUUGCUGCAAGCUUCACGUACAUCCUUGGGACAAAGAUUGACAGAAGCAGAAGCAGAGCGAGAUACAUUGCAAGCCAGCUUGGAGAAAAAGAAGCGAGCAUUCGAACAGAGAAAACAGAGGCUGACGCAACAGGUACGCAGAAAUAGACCAGAAUUGAUCCGAUUCAACGAGAAAUUAGGAUGUAGGGUUAGCGCUGACGCAUCCAAAUCUUCGAAUCGUUCGGUCAUCAAGUUCACUUUCAAUCUCAUCGAUCCGGACGAUUGGUCAUACGAAGCGAACUUUGUCAUCGAUGCAAGUCGAUCACAAUACAAGAUCGUUAGUGCUAAGCCUGCUUUGCCAAAUGAAGAUUUGCAACGUAUGUUGGCCGAUUUGAACAAAUCGAGAGCGUUGUUUACGUUCAUCAAGAGUAUGCGAUCUGCCUUUAAACAGGAAAUUGAAAAGCAGAAGCAUGCCAAAAAGUCUGCUCAGUCAUAG